AUGUCACAAGUGUCGGAUGCUGAAACAGUGCCCGGCGAGCUUCCAGAGAGGGUGGAUUCAUGUCCAAGUGCAGGGCACGGCACACUGGUCGAAGAUUCCCAGCCCCAACGUGCCCUGUGGAUGCGACCCCCGCUGCCAGCGCCUCCAGUGCCGGCUCCGGCAGUGCCUGCCGAUGCGCGGCCUAGGAGGACCUACCGCAGCCUCAGACCACACAUGCAGCUUUUGCCGCAGCGCACCUUCACGUUACCCCGUAGCUUCCUUGGCCCUCGUGCUGUGCCAGCGGAGAUGCAGUACGUUCCUGUGAACGAUCCAGCCGAAGGUCUCUCGUACAUGAUGUGCUCCUACUGCAAGGGCGACCGCAUCUACCGGGUCUUCCAGAACUUUCUGCGGCACCUGGAAAGCGGCGAAUGCCCCAGUGGACAGCAAGAGCUGCUGAGGCUCCGCUCAGAGAGCGCCGGAAGCGAUGCCCUGCCGCUGGCCCAGGAUACCACCGCCGGGACCACCGGGACCGACGGUAUCAGCGGGAGGCAGGGCGAGGAAUCCUUGGAGACGGAGACCCCCAUGGAAACGAGUUUUCGAUGCCGCAGGGCGCUCUUGGCAGAGCUGAGAUUGUUGCAGCCCAAACGCUAG